AUGAACUAUCUAACAGCUCUCUUCCGGGUGAGUAUUGCCAAAGCAACUAUAGCAGCAGUUACAACGAAGAAUAUCACGAGAUUUUAUUUGGAUACUUUACAACACGGUAAGUCGGUCGCUCACUUCUGGCUCUAUGUUUUGUUAGAGUUGCAGACUCAAUUCUUGUCUAAGACAAAGCUUCACCAGCUCAAUGGAAAGUCGGAGAAACAAAGCAGGCACUUCGGACUUCCUCAGAUUCUGACGAGCGAGGAAGCACUAGCCAUAAUAGGUCUACAAUCAAUGGAAAAUAUUACGAAGGAAGAUUUGUCAAAACGAUAUCGAGAUUUAAUGAUCGCAAACCAGCCUUCACCGCCAAAGUAUGACGGUUCGCCCUAUAUUCAGACCAAAAUUCAUUAUGCCUGGCGCGUUCUCAAGCGUAAAAUUGGCAACUCCAAAAAUGAUGCACACGCGUGUGCAGCGGAAUGA